AAAGAGGAGCGGGAGGGAGCGACGAAGGCGCGUUUCCGAAAGGCCGGGAAUUGUCGAUGCAGUGACAGAAACGAAGGAGGGGAGGGGACGAGAGUCGAGAGGAGGGCGACGGGCUUGUAUCGAUCGGUCGAUCCAAGUCACUCUCGAGUUGCAGGGUCGAUCUGCCGGCGAGGGAGUGACCGAUCGAGUGAGCAGGAUCACAAUGGCGGGCACCGAGGAGAUGGACGAGAAAGCGAAGCGCAUGAGGGCUUUGCUGAGCAGCUUCUAUGGAGAAGAUGCGGGAUCCCAGCCUGCCACGCCCGUUCGCCGCGAUACUUUGCAGGGCAUCAAUUUGCCCGAUUUUGAUUCCGAUCGCUAUAUGCAAUCGCUGUUGCGUCGGACUCCUUUGGAGGGUUUACUGCAGAAGCAUGUCGAGAUGGCAGCCGAAAUUAAGAACCUUGAUAGUGACAUGCAAAUGCUGGUCUACGAGAAUUACAAUAAGUUUAUAAGCGCCACGGAUACUAUCAGAAGGAUGAAAGAGAAUGUCGCCGGUAUAGAGUCGAACAUGGAUCAGCUUCUUGAGACGGUCACAGCUGUCAGAGCCAAAAGUGAUGGGAUCAAUGCGUCGCUUUGUGCAAGAAGGGAGAGGAUUGAAGAACUGAAUGGAACUCGCAGUCUCUUACGAAAAGUUCAGUUUAUAUUUGAUUUGCCGAAAAGGUUACGGGUAUGCUUGAAGUCACAAGAGUACGGGAAAGCUGUGAAGUACUACAUGGGUGCUCUUCCUAUUCUCAAGACAUAUGGGAAGACCUCAUUCGCAGCGUGUAGGGAGGAGUCGGAGGAGAUUAUCGACUCCAUAUCACAGAAACUGCAGGUACAAGUAGCGGAUGAUAAAUUAUCUCUAGAAACGAGAGCUGAAGCUGUGAGGCUUCUACAACAACUUGAGUUUCCAGUCGAGAAGAUGGUGGAAAAUUACUUCGCAACUCAUUGGCCUCGUCUUAUGGCUGCCCUACAAGUAGUCGAGCCAGAAACACCAGGUCUUGUUGGUCGACUUCAGGGAUGGCUAUGGUUUGGAACCAAGAAGGUGGAAGUCGAGAAACUAGCUGAUGAGUCCGACGGAGCAUCUCCUCAAAAGUCCAUGGAGGUCCUUAAUAAGGAUUUUAUUGGCGACUUUACUCAUACAGCGGUGACUUACCGUGCUCUUUUCCCAGAUGAGGAGAAUCGCCUGACCGAAGCUGCCCUCAAACUGUUUCAUGAAUACUUUGCGAACGUCCAAAAGUCGCUGAAGCCCAAAACAGGAAAACCUUCAAUUGUAGAGUUGACGGCAGCACUAAAUAUACUUUCACAGGAUACAGGGAACAUGCAAAAAUUGGUACCAGAAGCUGGACUUCCAGAAAUGACCGAGAAGGCAGUUGAGACAGCAAUCCAUCAACACGUUGUUGCGAUGUUUUCCGACCUUUACGCACGCAUAAUUGGGAGUCUUGUUAUUGAUGAACCAACUCCCAGCAAAGAAGGAGAAGAAACAAAGAAUUUGAAGCCCUUGCGUGCUGCUCUGGAUAAUGCCAAACGAGUUAUCUUGUUUGACAGUGUUGAGAUUUUGCGGGAUCUUAGGGACCUUCUGGAGAAAUGUGGAGACCUACUGGAAGGUUGGAAGGAUGCUUAUAUAGACCUGGUUCAGGCUAGCUUCCAGGAGCUGUUUACGAACCUUAAUGAUCACUUUCUCCAUCUAUGCUCAAACAGCCAAGAUCAAGUGAAUGCUCCAAAAUUUCAAACCGCAUCUCAGGGACUAGUCUUGAUGUUGGCACUCCUUUCUGUUUAUAUCCAGCAGACAGCAGUACCUAAAAUUACAGAGGUGGUUGGUGCAUCAUUUGUUGGCGGUGGUGCAAUGGGUUUCGAAGCUCGACCAGCUUUCGUGCCUUCGGAAAUUUGUAGGCUUUUUUACUCCAGUGGAGAAAAGUUCCUCCAUGAGUACAUAGAUACGCAGGCUCGUAAGGUAUCUACUUUGAUUCGAAAGAGUGUGGAGACGCCGAAUUGGUUGAAGUACAAAGAGCCCAGGGAUGUGCGCAUGUUUGCGGAUCUUCUUUUACAGGAGGUAAACAGGGUACAAUUGGAGGUGGAGCAAGUUCUGGACCAGGGUUCGACCCGGAGUCAUCGUCGCACUGACAGUUCGGGGAGUGCUGGAUCAUCGAGGAGUAAUGCGGCUAGUAUGCGAGAUAGCACUGGCAUGCGUGACAGUGGGAGCCACCGAACAAGCAUAACAGCACGUGCAAGAAGCCGAUUACUGGAAAGAGAUGUUGCGAAGCUUUUCAAGCAAAAGAUCGAACUUUUUACGAAAGUUGAAUUUACCCAAUCAUCGGUUAUGUCCACCAUAAUCAAGAUGUGCUUGAAGACCUUCCAAGAAUGUGUCAGAUUACAAACAUUCAAUCGAAGUGGCUACAAUCAGAUACAAGUCGAUGCUUUAUAUUUACGUGACAAUCUCCGAGAAAAGGUUUUCGACAAUGAGACCGUCGUCGAUUCACUUCUAGAUGAAGUUUGUCAAGCAGCUGCAGAGAGAUGCAUCGAUCCAAUACCCAUGGAAGCUGCUAUUUUGGAUCGUUUAAUCGAAGCCAAAAGGGCGAAAGGAUCUUAAUCAUAUGCACUUAACAGCUGUUUUGGAUAUCGGUUUUAUUGGUACGUCUCCUCUUUAUCCACUAUCACAGAUAAAAUAGAGAGAUAGCAGGAUACUCUUGAUGUGAAAAUCGAGCAAUGGAGGUUGGUUUUUACGUACAUGUAAAUGAGUUUUGGGGUACUUCUGAUAGAGGUACAGAUGUAGGCAGUCCUCUAUAGAUAAAUUCGCAGACCACAUGUCACCAGAAGGCUUAUGUAAUUCAGUCUUGAUGCUCACCGAUUCAAUGGAGAAUUGCAAAUAAAUGAAGUUCG